AACUGAAGUGUAUUCUGAUCAAAGAAGUAAUCAAUAAAAAAAAAAAAAAUGGAAGGCAAAAGUGUGAUAAGUGUGCUCAUAAUGAGUCUGGUCAUGGUGCAAAUUCAAGUUGAAGCAACAGUCUGCUGCCCAUCCGAACGGGCUAGAAAAGCCUAUACAAUAUGCCUCUAUGGUAGCUUGCCUUCAACUUGUGCCCGAGUAUGUGGAUGCGUGAAAGUUUCUUCUGGCAAUGUGUGCCCUUCAGGAUAUCCUAACGACAUUCUCGAAAAAUCGGGUAAUAAUGCCAACGAAUACUGCAAGUUGGGGUGUGCAUCCUCUGUCUGUGGUGCCAUGACCACUUUCCAUAACUCGGGUGCAAGUGAAGUUGUGGAUGAAACGUUUGAACGGUGUGCCAAAACAUGUGCUACUUUCUGCAACAAGGGCUUUAUUAAGCCUGCAGCUGAAUCUGCCUAGAGAAGCAUAUCUACAAAAGUAUCACAUCUAAGUGUCUAUGUGUUUAAUUGUUGUUAUGAAAAUAUGCUGAAAAUGCUAGACUUUGCUGCUAGUAUUUUAAUAAGUUGUUUCUGGUUUGUGCAAAGUGUUUAGAAGGUUGUCGAUCCUAGAUCAUAUAUGCCUUCUGUUUUCUAUCAUCUAAAUAAAAAAUAAUGUGUUACUAACUUACUAUAGCAUUAUGGAAAAAAGAGGAAUGAG